AUGAUCAACGCGGCGAUUGAGGCGGGUGUGAAGUUCUUUAUUCCGUCGGAAUGGGCGCCUGACUCGGCUGGGGCGAACGUGACGGAUGACCCUUGGAUAGGGAGGUCGCUCCGACCGAAUGCUGUUCUGGCUUCGAAAAGAGCGGUACACAAUUAUCUCAUGGCGAGAGCAGCGCAAAAUCAGAUUGCUUUUGCUGUUGUGUAUACCGGCGUCAUUAUUCCAAGCAGUUUCAGCGUAGGAUUGAUCUCAUUCGAUUUCCAGAAGAAGACUGCAGUCUUACCAGACAACGGCCUUCCGCUCUUCUCUGCUACGACGUUGGAAACUACGGGGUCGGCUGUCGUUGCCAUACUUUCUGCGGCGUUUUCCACCAGUGUUAAGAAUCGGUUCCUCCAUAUUUCAGACUUUACAACAUCUCUAUCAGAGAUUUUGGCCAUAAUAGAGACUUUGGAUGGAGUGCCUUGGACACGGAAGAAUGUCGCGGCACGAGAACUUACCAUUUCUAGCAUGGCUGCUGUGGAUGCCGGGACGUUUGGAAGAGCGCAGUUCUGGGGAGCACUCAUUAGUCCAUUCUUUGGACAGGUUGCCCCAUGGAAACAGCAGGAUGAUGAGCUUCUUGGACUUGGAGAACAGAAAAGUCUGACGGAAGAAGUGACAAAGGUACUUGAGGCGUCUAGAACCCAUGGCUAG